GCACCUCCCAUCAUCAAUAAUCACAGUAAUAUCACCAUUGAGCCAGUAACAGCUCUCAAGACAAGCUCUAAAUUGGUUCAAUGCCCUCAUUGUCAGCAGAUUGGUUAUACCAAAUUAGUCCACGGUUACGGCGCAUGUACAGGAGUGUCAUUUGCGAGCUUGCUUUUUUUGGGCUGCUCUCCUAUCACAUUCCUUAUACCUUUUUUCUUCCCUUGGUUUCAGGAUGUAAUACACAGGUGUCCUUCUUGCAAUGAAGAAAUCGCAAAAUUCACCAAAUUAGAUAGGCGACUUCAAGUCAAUUCG